CACGUGCAUUCUUAAUUAACCUUUAACCUGGGUUAAAAGUGAUUUUUAUCAAAAAGAGAUCUAUAUCCACCAUCGACAUCACAGCUGUUCUGUGCAUGCAUUGAAAAUGGAAAGAGAAAAUCUGGCAGCGUUGAAGAUAACUCGUUUCAUCAGAAAUGUCUCGGGAAAGAAAGUGGUUUUGACAUCUCUAAGACAAAGUGUUGAUGCUGCGCUUCAAGUGGCUGAAACUGAAACUGCUUCAGGCUUGAAGUUGUUUUCUAUUGCGAGAAAACUUUUAUUUGUGUUCAAAGAAAACGUUGAUGAGGAUGUACAUAAGCUUACUCGAUUGUGUCAACUUCUCCUCAAGAACAUGGAUAGAGACAAUCUGAAGGGUACUUAUUUGGCUGUCUCAUUGGAUCGAAGAUACUCAGUGGUCUGGAUUACCUGCAUGAAGCAGCUUCUAAGACUUUGUUGUGUACAACUAAGAGCGAUGACAAGAGCUAAUCAAUCUGGCAAGGAGAGAAUGGAUCUUUACCUCAAUUUUUUGGUUCUGUUCACUGACUAUACUCUUUGGAGGUUUACAGCUAAGCUUAGUGAUUCUGUGAAACGGAGCAUGCACCUUCUGUGCACGAAGUUUGUUGAACACCUUUACAAGCGAUGCUCCUAUUUUUCUGCAAUGCAUAGUCUCCUGGCCAACUUUCUCCGGUCGUCAUACGUGACUGGUCAGAGUCUAACAGCAAUGUUCGGUUUUAGACAGCUUGCUAUGUAUCAGCUGUCUCCUACCAUGCUCGUAGACUUUGCUGUCACAUUGCUGACUGUCCCGGGCUGUGUCUUUGUUCUUCAAAAAAAGGCUCCAGAGAGCAUACAAAAGCUACAGAAAAUUAGCUUUGCUUUACAUCUUCUAAAAGCGAUCACAGUAGUAGCUGGAAAAGAUCCUCUUGUUUCUCUUGGUGUGAAGCCAGCACUGUCUCUGUUUGGGAAUGUGAUCAAUGUAUGCCAAAUGCAUAUUGAGGAGAUCAAAGCAAGCGAAGAAACCAGUCUCAUGCUUGAUGUAUUCACCGUACUGACUAGUGUGUGUGACUCAAGUCGCCUCAGUAAGGGGUCAAAUGCAAGUAGCUGGCACCCAUUCUUUGGCUGGAUCAAAGCAGAUAUUGAUAGAAGGAAUGUGGAGGGCUUAAGCUUAAUACAAAAGCAAUUUCAACUGUUGUGGAAUGGACCGAUGGUGGAAAUGAUUGUUGGUACCCCACUGCUACGAGUGUCCAACAGUCUUUCCUCUAAAGGAAAACGCGUGUCAAUCUUUCGGAAGCAAACAAUUUUGAAAAAAUUGAAUGAUUCAGAAUUCUCAAUGCUUAAGUCGGGAUGUGAGCUGUACCUAAACUGCUUAUCUACUUUCCCACUGCUAUCCACUGAUAUACUUAUUGGACUUAGUUGCAAUGGAGACGUCAUAAGCCAAAUAUGGCAUGCACUCAGUGAUAUGUCCUGUCUCAAAGAAGAUCUGGCUUUCAAAGUUCUUACUGAGCUAUCCUCCCAGCAGACAUCUUUGAAGACUGUUUUAACACUUGCCAUUCAAGCCACACAGUACCUAAUUGCGACUCUUGAUGAUGAAGAGUUACACACUAAGCAGCAGUACUUCACACUGGACGAUCUGAAAGACAUAUCAACUUUUCUUAAGCACCUUGUGUACAAGUUUAUAAUGGAAGUGCAGCUUCCAUCAAUGUUCUCUCAUUGCCAUGCCUUACUCACUCUUCUACACAGCAGAGACUGUCGAAGGUCAUUCACUAGCGACCCCAACUUUUGGACCGAAAAAAAAUUGAGAGCUGGCUUGGUAAUCAAGGAUUUAAAACUUGGCAAAACAUAUGCUUUGAAUCUUCUGAAGUAUAUGCCUUUCUGUGUACCAUUCAAGAACCGCAUUGAUGUAUUCAUGGAGAGUAUCAAUGCAGACAAAGAAUGUCUUGGUUUGUUGGAGAAAUCCCACCGGAGACCUGCAACCUACAUCACCAUUAGGAGAGGAAGAGUACUUGAGGGUGGGUACGAUCAACUUUCUUCUCAGCCAGUGACGGCAAUUAAAGGCACAAUCCGAGUCAAGUUCGUUAAUGAACAGGGAUUAGAUGAAGCUGGUAUUGAUGAAGCCGGAGUUUUUAAAGAGUUUCUGGAAGAAUUCAUUUCAGUAGCAUUCGACCCUUCGCUUGGACUUUUUAAGAUUUCAAGCAGUGGUCUACUGUAUCCAUCACCGUCUAGUUCUGUUCAAGAGAACCACUUAGCUUUGUUUGAAUUCAUUGGUCGUAUCCUCGGAAAAGCAGUGUAUGAAGGAAUUGUUGUCGAUGUUCAGUUUGCUCAGUUUUUUUUGAGUCAAAUUUUAGAACAUCACCUAUCAUCUCUGUACAGCUCGUUGGAUGAGCUGGUAUAUCUGGAUUCUGAUGUAUACAAGUCACUGUCAUACAUCAAGCAUGCGGAUUCAGGAAUUGAAGAUCUGUGCCUCACAUUCACUUGGGAAGAGAACCUGCUAGGAAAAACUAUCACCCAUGAACUGUUAUUGGGAGGAAGCCUAAUGGAAGUCACAGCUGAAAACAAGAUUAGCUAUGUGCACAGGAUGGCGCACUUUAUGCUGUAUACACAACUGAAGCAACAAUCUAUUGCUUUUCUCAAGGGGUUUCAUUCUGUCAUCUCACCAUCUUGGAUUGGUACAUUCUCUCCCACUGAAUUACAGAGCAUAAUUUCUGGUGAACAGGUCGACUUUGAUGUUGAUGACUUAAGGCAGCAUACGGAAUAUUUUGGUGGGUAUCACUCAAAGCAUCAAGUAAUCAUUUGGCUGUGGGAGAUCUUGCGGAAUGAUUUGGACAAAGAGAGGAAGAAAUCUUUUUUGAAAUUUGUCACAAGCUGCUCGAGGCCUCCUUUACUUGGGUUUUCUCAGCUUAAGCCUCGAUUUGGAAUACGAUGUGUGGAUAUCAGAGAUGCAGAGGGUACUCGCGAGAGCCUGGGAAGUGUAAUGAAAGGAUUUUUCUCAAUUCGAAGUCCUCACUCAUCUGAAAAACUUCCGAGUGCUUCUACAUGUUUUAAUCUUCUAAAACUUCCCAAUUAUAGAAAGAAGGCAAUUCUGCGUGAGAAGUUAAUAUAUGCCAUUUCUGCACAUGCUGGCUUUGAAUUAUCAUAGUUUUUAUCCACUGCAUGUACACUACACAAUACCUUCACUAUUACUAUAGAAAGUCUACACUACACAAUACCUUCACUAUUAUAGAACGUCUAUGCUACUGUGUGAACAUUCUUAUUUACCACUAGCUAUAUAGUUAACUUUCUGCACGUAAUGCACUCCAAUAGUUUUUUUCUUCAAUACCCUCCCAGUGUGGUUGUUUUAACUGUUCAAAAUACGUUUUAUAUAUGUAUUCCUGUACUUCUUCCUCUUUUGAUGUUAAAGGUUGUGCAACUGCUCCAAUGUUUUCAUCAACCAUUGCAAUAUCGUUCAUACUCACAAGAGUUGUAACAACCUGUGUUUUGAGUUUAAGUACAUCAACAGGCCUUACAUAUAUAUAGCACUAACCUGUUCACAAGUAGUAGAUGAAUACUUUAAGGCCAGUUUCGUGAUGUCAACAUCUUGCUUCCUGCAAUACGCUACUGCAUAUUUGCAUGCCUGUUUAAUCUCCUGACUUGCUGGAUGCCAACUCUGUAUUCCCCGUGGACUGAGUAAACCCAUGCUCAAUGGACUAGCAUUAAUUAUUGGAACACCCAUAUCAUGAAAGAAUUCUAACGACUUCAACAGCGUUGAAUCAUUGAGGGUUAGGCGACAGUAUGUUAGUACACUGUCAAUUUUGACUUUGCUGCGCAAAAUCACAUCUUGUAAAGUAGAUAACGAAUACCCAGUGAUACCAAUAAAAUGACACAAACCAGAUCGACGUACUUCCUCCAGGGCUGGAAGGGUUUCAUUAACUAAUAUAUCAAUCGAUGGGGCAAAUUCAACGUCAUGAACUUGUAGAAUGUCAACGUAGUUCAUCUGCAAUCGAUCUAAACUAUCCUUUGCACUUUCAAUCACUUUUUUAGCGGAAAAGUCGAACAUAUUUGCUACAUCUCGUUCAUAACGUCCAACUUUUGUACCGAUGUAAAACUUAUCUCGAGACACAUUCUCCAACGCUCUUCCAAGAAAUUGUUCGGACUUACCCUGACCGUACCAGUAUGCUGUGUCAAAAUAAUUCACUCCUCUGCGCAGAGAAUGGUGCACUGCCUUAGUAGCUUCUUCUUCAAGGUGAUUUCCAUAAACAUUUCCAAACCCGGCUCCUCCCAUUCCAAGAACAGACAAAUUGAGUCCAGUGUGACCCAGUUGCCUGUAUUUCAUCAUCUGUUGAGAAAUAAAAGAAAAGAAUAUGAAAGUGAACCUUGUUGUAACGAAAUUGUGAAAUUAUAAUUGACAUUACAACGCAACACUUCUAUAAAUGUUCGUAUGAACUACCAAGCUAAUUAUAGUUCCGAUCUUCAAAGGCAACUGUUUUCUAAUCGUUGCUUUAUAUAGAUUCACGAUCAUUCCCCGAUGAUUAAUGAGGUCAUUAUGGUAAAAAGUUAUUGUAACCGUUUUGCCGCUGUGCGCGUGCACGGGGUGAAUGCCUAUGAGGAUCUUGUUAACUGUGAAGGAGUUUGCUAGCCGUAUACAAGUUUACUCGUGUAUCCUUAAAGGAAAUUCAUCACUCUAAGUAGUCUCAUUGGCAGUAUAAUCCUUUUUCUCUCAAAUCCAUCUUCAUAACCUGUCAGAUAUAUCAAGUAAACUUGCCGUUCAUGCAGUUAACAUAAUUAUAUCAUUAUCCACUCUUUGAGUUUCCCUGAUUCUGGAUUCCACCAACUGCGCUCCGAAUUACUUGAUAUCCAGAUUUUUGGAAGGGAAAUAAUUAAAUGGUGGAUAUGUAUAGAUCUAAAACUACACCCUUUGUCCGUUUAUAUAGGAGGAAAUGUAUCUUUUGUGCAGGCGACUUGUCUGUUGUCUGAACUUUAGAGGUUUCCGUUGCAAGUGCACUAGUAGAUAGUAAAACAGUUUGUACAAGGCAUAAUUAUGUUGUCCGCUAUUUAGAGAAUCCAUUGUAAGAGCUAGGUUCCACUGUAUACAGUUACGUCCGUCCACUGUAGCACUAGUAGAUAGUAAAAGAAGUUGGUACAAGGCAUAUGCUGUCCGCUAUAAGAGGUUCCACUGUAAUACCAAUUUAAGACAUUCUAAAAUAAUUACUAUACUAUACUUGUGGCUAGACGGGUGUCGGAGGACGGGACCCAAGCCUAUCUACAGUUUUGUUCUAAUGCCACUGGCUACAAUCAGAUUACAGUAUUUCGAGUGGAUUGAUCACACCCACUUAACUUUAUCACUUGUGAAUUUUGCACACGCUAAAUUGACUGAGAGGUUUGGCCAACACCCAAGUGUCAUCGCUACUGUACUUCUUCUAAAAGAGGCCUAACGUUAAUAAUUACGAUAUUAGCUAGGAUUAUAAUUAGAGACAUAGAUUUGGUCCAAAGAGGAUUAUAAAUAGAGGAUACUUGAGCAAGUGGUAUCCUCGAUUUCAAGCCGCCCUAAAAACAUUAUGGAACUCAAGGUUCAGGUCUGUAAAAUGAUCCUGAAGUGUAUCCGUGGCCUUCCAACUGGCCUUUUUGUGGCAACUACAGGUGGAGGACGAUGCUUUUUAAGUGGAGGAGGUGCCUCACGUAUCCUUAAGCUUCCUGAAAAUAGAAGUGUUACUGGCCUCCAUUUAGCAAGGCGCCACCAACAAAUAAUCUCUGUAGCCACGUGGAGCUCUAUAUGGAGUCUGUCCGCAAAAUUACUUUUCAGUCUAGGUGGCGCAUAAUUAGAAGGGCCGUCUCUUUUAGAAGAAUGGCUAACACCCACUUGAGAUUCAUAAUGCUAUUGCGUAACAGGCCGGAACAAAACUGUACAAAUGUAGUUAGAAAAUGCUUGUCACAAAUGGUGCAAUCUGAUUGGUUACUGAGAGGUCCCUUAUUUCAUUUAGAGACCUCCAGAGGUCUUCUACAGAGGUGUACUUGCCUAUGGAAAUUUAUGUUGAAGUCAUAGUAACCAUGAUGCAGUGCAUCAUUAAAAAAAUUUUUUUUAAGUAUUUUGUGUUCUGCGGUGCAGCUUUGCAGCUUUUGCUGCGCUCGGGGGCGCUACAGCCUCGGGCCCUCGGGGUAUCAUAAUUCCCAUAGAGACCUUGGACUCGUCUAUAACCAGCUUGGUUCCCGUCCUCCUUCAGGGAGGUUGGCAACGCCCGUCUAACUUGUGGCCACAUUUACCUCCAUGUUAUAGUUAUAACACGGGCACAUAUUGCAGUGAAGCACGAGCACUGAAGCCCCGAGGGCUGAGUGCAAUACAUGCCACUCUGGGUAGUUAAGGCCCGGGUCUAGCCUUAAAUACCAAAAUUUACACAUGUUCAUACUGCUGUAUUAUUUGCAACAUACAGUGUAUGCUGCAUCAAAAUGAUCCAAAAUGAAGCUCAAUGUUUUCUUUUUCCAAAAAACAAAUUAGCUUAAUUCAAUUAUGCUAAUUAGUCCCAUAAAUGGUGAUGACGUCAUGGCAGUGUAGUAAGAAGAACUACAAAUGCGGACAUGAAGAAGCUAAGAUAAAGCAAAAACAAGGCUAGAUGAACAUCUCAUAGCUAAGUACUAGGAUCCAGCUGGGGAAGAGUAAGAGUUACUGCAUUCUUGAGAUACACAACAUAGCCUACCUCUAGAGUGGCUGUCAGAGCUAAAGAAGCCAGCAUAGCUAAGGCAGUUUUGCACAUAUUAAUUUCCCCAGCUGGAAACAUAAUCAUGACAACCUACUCUAUCUUUUAAGGGCCUAACCAAGUACUCUUACCUCGUGUAAGCCCACCGCAUUUAUUGCUAAAGAUAUUAGAGAAUAGUUCCAGCAGCUAGCUAAGCAAGUACCUUGGACACGUGACUUUAUAAACUGCACAAAAAAAGACAGAGACAACUCUAGACACAGCUCUAUCUCUUCUAGACGCCAGUAUCUGCAGCGUAUAAGAUUGGCAUGACCGACAAAUGGCUUGACACAAAAUUGUUGGAGUUCCAACGCUGAAAUCUGCAAAACAGCCCCACCCCACUUCUGGUGCUGCAAAACAGCCCCGCCCCACUUACUGCUGCAAAGAAACAGCCCCACCCCACUACUCAUGCCACCCCACUACUCACGUAUUAGCUGCUGGUCUACGUUCGGCCUCAUAACCAAGCCAAGAAAGCUCGCUUCUACACUGCUGCAAAACAGCUCAUGCCCCCAGCAAAAAGAGCCACUUCUAGUGCUACGGUGAAGCAGAAUUGACAUGCAUCACGAGGUCGAGGACUAGGUCGAUCUAGGAACACAGAAUCUUCCACAAAAUGAAUCUUAGACAAUUUUAAACCUGCAUGGUUGCAAGAAGAAACUCCAGCAGUGCUGAACAUUCAUUCCUGCAUGGCUGGACAUACUUUGAUACUUUUUAAUUUUAAUUUAAUUGUCUGUCUAAUGCCAGAGGGGCAUUUUGUGGUUAGUGCAUUUGGUUAGUGCAUUAUGACUUUGCGUCAGUGCAUUAUGACUUUCAGCAGUGCAUUAUGCUGCAUAUUGCACUUGGCAACAACGUAGCAACGGGAUAUAAUAAACAUUAUGAAUCUCAUUAACACUACAUAAUCUACAUUAAAUGUUGGCAAUGAAUAAAAUUAAUGUUAUCAGUGCCUGACCCAGGCCUUAAGUACCCAGAGCAUGCAGCCCGAGUGCACGUGUUAUAACUAGUGUAUAUCCCGAGGGCAUAGCAACAUAACACUGUCUUAGUAACACAUGCACAAAAAAAGACAGAGACAACACUAGACACAGCUUCAUCUCUUCUCUCUUCUAGACGUCUGCACCAUAAAGAUUGGCAUGACCGACGAAUGGCUUGACACAAAAUUGUUGGAGUUCCAACGCUGAAAUCUGCAAAAUAGCCCCACCCCACUUACUGCAUGCUGCAAAGACUCGUGUAACUGCUGCUCGAACAGCCCUCCACGGUGAUCUACGCUCGGCCUCAUAACCAAGCCAAGAAAGCUCAAGCUCCCAGCAAAAAGAGCCACUUCUAGUGCUACGGUGAAGCAGAAUUGACAUGCAUCACGAGGUCGAGGACUAGGUCGAUCUAGGAACACAGAAUCUUCCACAAAAUGAAUCUGGACAAUUUUAAAACCUGCAUAUGGUUGCAAGAAUAAACUCCAGCAGUGCUAAACAUUCAUUCCUGCAUGGCUAUGUGUCGCAUAUCAUUUUGGAGGGCCAUCAUCUCCUACGACUAUACAUGCACAGGGAUUAUUUAUCUCUUCCUCUCACUGAAGGCACAGGAAAGCGUGAGUCGAGUCGAGUAUAAAGCGAAGGUCAUAAUUACACCGUAUAGCGAGUAAUUUUCGGAGGACAAAAUAUUCGUGGUUCAGCAAUAUUGAGACAUUUCGUGGGUAAUAUUUUCGUGGUUGCUUAUAUAGCUUGCACUGCAGGUAAAGGUAGGCAAGGUUGCUUCAUUCUUGGUCAGACCUCCAACCACAAAAACCACGAAUAUUUUGCCCCACGAAAAUUACCCGCUAUAUAAUUAAUUAUAGUCUACUACAUAGCCUUUACAAAUCCGAGGUAGUACGGUUGAGAUAAUCAAUGAACUUACUCUUGCUUAUACAGGUGCUCCUGACACUGAAACAGUUCUAGCUUUAAUCUCCAACCUGCUGCUUUGUUUCCAGCGCAGCCACUAUGCAAGGUACUAGGCCUAUACAAUAUACGUACGUGUGGAUGAUAUCCAGGUUGGGAAAAA